GGCGUCCGCAAUCCCAACCUCAACCAGAACCCCUUGAUCAACGUGCGCGAUCGCCUCUUCCACGCGCUCUUCUUCAAGAUGGCAGUGACCUAUGCUCGCCUCUUCCCACCCUCCUUCCGCCGCGUCUUCGAGUUCUUCGUCCUCCUCAAGGCUCUCUUUGUGCUCUUCAUCCUGGCUUACAUUCACAUCGCCUUCUCCCGCUCACCUAUUAACUGCUUGGAGCAUGUGCGAGACAAAUGGCCACGCGAUGGCAUCUUGCGGGUGGAAAUACAGCGCAACUCAAGCCGAGCCCCCAUCUUCCUGCAAUUCUGUGGCGUUGAGAAAUUCCCAGGAAUGGUAGUUGAAUCCACAGCUGAGGAAGAGGAGGAGGAAGAGGAGGAAAUGACUGUGGAUAUGUUUGAAAACAGCUCUAUCAAGUUUGAGCUGGAUAUCGAGCCCAAGGUGUUCCUCAAGCCAUCCCGGGUGAGCAGCACCGAGGCACUGACGCACAACGAAAGCCAGGAGUUCUCGUUUAGUGAAGCAGCCACUAAAGUGUGGCCGCAGGAAGAGUACAUUGUGGAGUACUCGUUGGAGUACGGGUUUUUGCGCCUGUCCCAGAGCACUCGCCAGCGCCUCAGCAUCCCGGUCAUGGUGGUGACUUUGGAUCCUACCAGGGAUCAGUGCUUUGGGGACAGGUUCAGUCGCCUGUUGCUGGACGAGUUCCUGGGUUAUGAUGACAUCCUGAUGUCAAGUGUCAAAGCUUUAGCUGAAAAUGAAGAAAACAAAGGUUUCCUUCGCAAUGUGGUGUCUGGGGAGCACUACCGCUUUGUCAGCAUGUGGAUGGCGAGGACUUCGUAUCUGGCAGCCUUUGUCAUCAUGGUCAUAUUUACUCUGUCCGUUUCGAUGCUGUUGCGCUACUCGCACCAUCAGAUCUUUGUCUUCAUUGUUGACCUGUUACAGAUGCUGGAAAUGAACAUGACAAUUGCAUUCCCUGCAGCUCCCCUCCUCACUGUCAUUCUGGCUCUAGUAGGUAUGGAGGCCAUUAUGUCAGAGUUCUUCAACGACACCACAACUGCGUUUUACAUCAUCCUUAUUGUGUGGCUGGCUGACCAAUACGAUGCUAUCUGUUGCCACACCAAUACGAGCAAGAGGCAUUGGCUCAGGUUCUUCUAUCUGUACCACUUUGCCUUCUAUGCUUACCACUAUCGAUUCAACGGGCAGUACAGCAGCCUGGCUCUCGUCACCUCGUGGCUCUUCAUCCAGCAUUCGAUGAUUUACUUCUUCCAUCACUAUGAGCUGCCAGCCAUUCUCCAGCAGAUCAGGAUCCAGGAGAUGCUGUUGCAGAACCAGCAGGUGGGCCAGGGGACUCAGACGACGCUCCAAGACAACCUCAACAACAACACUACAGCUGCCCCCGUCGACGUGGGGGGCCGCCGUGCCCACCUGCCCGCCGGGCCCUCCGGGGAGAGCAGCAGCCCGGCUGCCCUGACCCCCAGCGAGGCCUCCAGCGUCAUCGCCGCUGCCACAGCGGCUUCAGUCGGCAGCGAUCUGAACUGGGUAGCUGAGACAGCCGCCAUCGUUACGGAAGCCUCGUUUCUCUCCGACCUGAGCACUACCCUCCUGGAGCCGAACGUCGUGCACGAAGCCAUGGCCAACGGGAGCCCUCAGGAUGCUGCCGCUGCCUCCAGCUUGGUUGCCCGCAUCAGGGUCAGCAGCGACCACCCGGAGACGGCCAUGGGCUCCAUCACCAUUGAAGUCACUUCAACAUCUGUGGUGGCUGCAGCAGAUGUUCCCCCCGCCGCAGAGGCGGCAGCGGCUGCGCCCCUCGUCCCGCUGCAGGCGGAGGGGUCCUCCGUCCCCAGCCCUUCCCUUCCUGAGCAGACUGAGGCUGUCGAGGGCUCAGACAGCCGAGCAAAACCUAGUGGCAAGAACUGCGUUGCGAACAGCAGCGUGGCAGAGACCCCUCCAGCCGUUGUGGAGGACGCUGAUCAGGACAGACGCUUGGGUCGUGCUCUUGGGGACCGGGGGGAAGGCGGCCCUUGCCCAGCACCAGCGGAUAGUACACCGAGCUCCAAACCUUGCUCGGAGCCAGACUUGAGGAGCCUGUCUUGA